AUUUCCGCUGCCUAUAAUGUUAAUUUGUAAGCACUGAUGUAGGGUAAAUAUAAGAUUGUACUCAAACACAUUUGAAAAUCCCUGCAUACCUAUUUGCAAAAAGUCAAAUAGACUAAUAGCUUACAUCUAAUGGCCGUUCACUAACAUAUACACAUGAUAGACCAGUGAGCUGAUGCCACAGUAAAUGUUUAAACAUACAUGGCAUGAAUAAUGCUGCACACAUCCAGUUUUGUGACACUUGGAUAGCCUCCCCUUUCAGACUUUCCAAGAAUUCUAUAUUAACAGAUUCUCAAAAAUCUGAGCCAUUACCGCAUCAGAAAGCCACAAACCCUUGACCCAAAAUAAAAAACGGAGAGAGAGAAGCCACAACCCACAAACCCUCCCCACUCUCUCUCUCUCUCUCUCUCUCACCUCUGAAGAUUUGCCAUUGGUCAAACGGCGCUGCUGGUUCGCCAUUCUUUGUCGGUGGUCAUUCAUCACAGGUCAUAAAGAGCUAUUGAGGUGUAUUGUAUAGAAAUAGUUAGAGAAGUCCGAUGGAACGACAGGGUCAUGAUUAUGCAUCUGCUUCUGCUAUGGCUUAUGCUCAGCAACAGCAACAAGCUGCUAAUAUGCGGCAGCAACAACAGCAGCAGCAGUUUGGAUUUCAUCCCCAACAUCAACAAUUUCCCCCCUUUCUUCCCCCAGGUCCUGGUCCGGCACACCCCUCUUUGCAAAAGUUCCCUUAUCAUCAUGCCAUGCCUCAGCAGCAGCUGCAGCUUCAACAGUUACACCCACAUGCCCCUCCCCCUCCUCAUCUUAUGCAACAGCAACACCAAGCACCACCACCUGCAUUCCCAUCUCCUUUCGCUCCUCUUGUUCCUUCACCUUAUUAUGAUUCUGCUCCGCCUCCAGUCGCACCCCCUUCUGAUCCCGAGCUCCACAAGCGAAUUGACAAACUUGUUGAGUAUGCUGUGAAAAAUGGUCCUGACUUUGAAGCCAUGAUAUGUGAAAAGCAGCGUGAUAAUCCUUCUUAUAGCUUCCUCUUUGGUGGGGAGGGCCAUGGUUAUUACCGUUAUAAGCUCUGGUUAUCGACACGUCCCCCUGGUGGUCCUUUUAACCCGCCUUUUCCCUCGUCUUCCAUGUCCAUGAUCCAUCCUCCUCCAAAUCCAAUGAUGAAUCCAUCACCACCAAAUGCUCCCCCGAUGAAUGCUGCAGGAAUUGGUUCUUCACCUUCUAUGUUAGGUCCACCUUCUUUCCUGCAUUUCUAUGAUCAGCAGCACCAUCAUCAACAUCCUCAGCCUUUUGGGGUUCAUGGCCGACCUGAGUAUGAUCAGUCAUCCAAGCCUUUCAAAGAACUUUCUGGGCCACUUCCAUCUGAUGUUGCAGUGGAGCUCACUAAUGUUCUUAACAAUCUAAAUGGUACAAAAGAAUCUAUUAAAGGUGCGAAACUUUGGUUCAUGCAGAGAUCUCCAUUUGCACCAGCUCUAGCAGAGGCUCUUAGAGAGAGGGUCUUCGCAUUGGACGAUGUUGAGAGGCAGCUACAUAUAAUAUACCUUGCAAAUGACAUUCUUUUUGACAGCUUGAAUCGGAGGACAAGCAGUCGUGAUCUUGACAAUGAAGCCCUUGCAUUUAAGCCUGUUUUAGGCUCCAUGCUUGCUAGAAUUUAUCACAAUCCACAAAGCAAUGAAGAAUAUAGGAAAAGGUUGCAGCAAAUGGUGGAGUUCUGGGCUUCUAAAGAGGUAUUCGAUCAAGAGACUAUAUCGUUACUGAAGAAUGAGAUGAUUGGUGGGCCACAUGCCAAUUCUUUUCCUGGGGCUUCCAAGGAUUUAUCUGCUUCAGCAAAUUCAGGUACUGGAAUAUUGCAGACCCCAAUCCAGCUGUGGCAUGCUGAUAGGCUGGGCUCUGGUUCAAGUAUUGCAGAACAAGAUCACGUUGAUAAACAUGCAGUUCCAGGGCAAACCUUACCAUCAUCUAUGGCAGCUCAACAAUUUCUUCCAAAUUCUGCUCCACCAAGUGCUUUUCCAGGGUCUAUGGCUAUACCUUCUUCGGUUCAAUCAGCCAAUCAACCUCCUGGUGGACAUUUAUUGCAGGCUCCGUCAUCCAGCACCAGUGAUCAAUUGCCACCAUAUCCGUUGUUCCCUCCUGGCCUCAUUCCUGGAAUGGUUAGAAAGAUGCAGAUUGGUAGCGGAGUUCCAUAUUCUCCUUUGAGCCCUUUGGACAUCCCAACAAUGAUACCACCAUCAACUGUGCCACCGUCAGAAAUUCUUCAAAGGGUGUCGAAAUUCUUUAAGGAAAUUGGAGAAGCUAAUCCUUCUGAGGGUCCUAUGAAUUCUGAUUCAAGAGAUGAAGAUGAUGAAUACGAGAGAGAAUAUGAGAGAGAGCCUGCUGUAAGGAAGGGAGGCGCUUGCAUUCCUCCACCACCAAAUUUGCAGCAGGUGGAUCCAGAGACUGGGACUUAUGCCGAUGGGAGCGUAGAUCGGAAACCAGGAUCAGUAAGCUCGGCUAGGUUGGGACUCGGGGCAACAGCAAACCCCAAUGAAGUGAGUCAGUAUGAUGAUGUAUAUACAUCCUACAGGAAGCAGAGAAGUACCACUUACCAUUCAUCAAUGAGUGCUAGAGCAGCUACAAGAUGAAUUCAACUAAUUGUAUCAUCACAAGUUUUUCAAUUGCUGGGUAUCAUUAGACUAGGUCUGUUGAGUGAUCUGUUAAAAUUUUUAUCUGUGCCAGUGACUUAAUUUUCUCUGUCAUUUGUAUUUCCAGAUGAAUUUCAUGUGUCCAACGAAACCCGCUAACCUUCAAAGCCAAUGAAAUAGUGGUAUAAAAAUACCAAUGACAAUCCCAUGCUAGACCUGUAUUUCCAAGUUUCAAUUCGGUAAUUAUAAAUUCAACAUCAGAACUUAGCCGGAAAAAGAAUGGGUUGUUCUAAGUACGUUUGUGGCUAUGUGGU